UUCCGUUUUAAUGGGUGUCAAGUAUUCUGGAUAUUUUAGAAUAGUGUUUCUUUCCACAAUAUAGACAUUGGUGGCGUUCUCAAGACAGAAAACACUUUUAUAAGCCUUAUGUUAAAGGGGGUUACAAAAUAUAGAGACAGAGGAAAUGAAACAAAAAGAGGCGGUUGUUUUAAAUUUAAUACUAUCAGAAAACUAACGACAGCAGGAUCCUCAUUGUGGAAAAAGAACUGAAGCGAGUUGCACACAUUCAUCUUGAAACCCCAGCAAUCCAGAAAAUAUGUGAUACGAAGUUACGAAUCUCCAAAAAUGCCUUUUCGAAAAAAGGCGAGCGACUGCAGUGCAUAAAGACGAGUAUUGCCUUAAAGAUAGCAAAACGUGGAUAGUAGAAGCCUUACUAAAGUGUUUUAAAAUACAAGCGAAGACUUUUCUGACAUUGAAAAACGAAGAAAAAUGCGGCGGCAUAAGAAAACACGAGCAAGAAGACGGGUUAUUCAAUCAGCGACCCGAUAUACCAACCCAGGGUGGGCUGCAGGAAAAUAAUACCGUGCCGGGUUCGGUAAAAAUAGAAAACGGAGGAAGCUGGGAGGAAGAACAGGCUGAAGCAGUUCGAUCACCAGAUCGGUCAUACUUUAGCAGAUAAACAACGAUGAUGAAUGAGAGUGACAUCUACUUGCUUGGAGGAUUUCACAAAGAAACCCUUGUAUCGAACGAACUCUAUUUUAACCAGAGCUUUUAUAACAUCAGCCUUUCCAGGAAGGGCUCGCCCUGGAGUGUGCGGGUUGAAAAUUUAUGGGAACUGGCCACCGAACGUGCCGGUCUAGCGGUAGUCCUCCUUCUCUUUUCCGUGGCCACGGUUUUCGGUAACAUGUUGGUGAUUUUGGCCGUGAUUCGAGAGCGCUAUCUUCACACUGCAACCAACUAUUUUGUGACCUCCCUUGCUUUCGCUGACUGCCUCGUGGGUCUGGUGGUGAUGCCAUUUAGCGCCAUUUAUGAAGUCCUGGAGAAUCGCUGGCUCUUCUCAAUUGACUGGUGUGACGUUUGGCGUUCUCUAGAUGUGCUUUUUUCUACAGCGUCAAUCCUCAAUCUGUGUGUCAUAAGCCUGGAUCGUUACUGGGCAAUUACUGAUCCUUUUACAUACCCAACCAGGAUGAGUAGAAAGAGGGCUGCUAUUUUGAUAGCCGUUGUCUGGAUCUGCUCAAGUGCGAUAUCCUUUCCGGCGAUAGCAUGGUGGAGAGCCGUUCGAACAGAGAAAGUACCUAAUGACAAGUGUCCAUUCACCGAAAAUUUAGGAUAUCUCAUAUUUUCUUCGACGAUCAGUUUCUACUUACCACUGUUUGUGAUGGUCUUUACAUAUUAUAGGAUAUAUAGAGCAGCAGUGAUACAGACGAGAAGUCUUAAGCUUGGGACGAAGCAAGUUAUGAUGGCCUCAGGGGAACUGCAACUCACCUUAAGAAUACAUCGAGGGGGAGCCACAAAAUCUGAUGCGAGAAAUAUAUUUCGCACGGCUUCUAGCACGCUAGAGGAUCUUCAUGAUUUAGAGGAACCUCUGACAAUCCUCCACAAUAAUGGAUUAACGAGGCUACCCUCAGCGCGGAUUAAUAAUAAGCAACAUAUGGGCAAAAAUUUUUCUCUUUCGAGGAAACUAGCCAAAUUCGCGAAAGAAAAGAAAGCCGCUAAAACUCUGGGUAUUGUAAUGGGCGUGUUUAUUGUAUGUUGGCUACCGUUCUUCGUUGUAAAUCUGUGGUCUGGGUUUUGCAGUAGAUGCAUUUGGCAAGAAGAAAUUGUUUCAGCUGCUGUCACGUGGCUUGGAUGGAUCAACAGCGGAAUGAACCCUGUGAUCUACGCUUGUUGGAGCCGUGACUUUAGAAGGCCUCUAUUUAAUUCUACUCUCACAAUGACUUGUAAUCUAUGGCUAUCAAAUACUGAUUGCUGCGGUCACGUUGGUCUCAUACUCUUUCUUUCUGCUUUGGAACGUGGGUCUUGCAAGGUCGUCCUUAGUGUUGUGAAUAGGGGACUACUUCAAAAAUCCAAAAACUACGAUGGCGUCAUUUAAAUUUACCUCUGAGGAAGAAAUCCGAGCCUUUGAUCGUGAAAAUAAGGGAAUGGAUCUCACGGAAAUACCAUGUGCAACCACAAAGUACAAUAAGCUUUCACGGUGAAUAUAAAAGUACGAUAGCUAAUCCAGGUAUACAAUUCAUAAGUAUCCCCUUCGGCGAGGUCAUGAUUGUGGACGGACACAUUGAAAUUCUUGGAUACAUGAAAGAGCAAUGGGUUUGUAGAAGUAAAGACCCCUAAAUGCGUCCUACGGGCAAGGCGUAAUAGCCAAUGGGCAGUACAAGCUCACCGUACAGAUCGCAUCUUUCCAGGCAGAUGACAGGAUCGCAAAAGGUUUGCACCGGCGAUUGCGAGGUAUCAUGCAAAAACAAGAUUAGAAGAGCAGUUUCAUGUCACAUUCAUGGAAAACAGAAGCGGUUGAGCCUUUUUUCUUUACGUGGGGGCAGAAGAAUAGACUUAUAAUAUUGAAUGGCAUAAUUUGUACAUAGUAUAAUAAUAUC